UGCAAAUAAAACAAACGAGCAUGUUUAAAAUAUGACCUACAGGGGAGGUGGGAAGUGAUUACUUAACCAUUGUUUACAUGCAUUUAGUCCUUUUAUCUCUUUCUAUGUGAUGAGGAGAUCGAUUUUUUUUGAAAUUGAAAGAUAUCUGAAGAAAUAUUCUUUACAUUUUGUACAUAAACAUACUUCUAAUGAUACAAUGUCGAAUUUUGAUGCAUUAAAAUUUGAUAACCUGGCUUUACGAAAAUUACCGAUAGAUCCAAUUGAUAGAAAUUAUGUUAGAACAGUCAAUGGUGCAUGUUUUUCUAAAGUAAAUCCAACACCAGUAAAAAACCCAAAACUAGUUGCAUAUUCAUCUUCGGCUUUAUCUCUUUUGGAUAUAACUGCGAAUGAAUCAGAACUCGAAGAAUUAGUAGAAUACUUUUCAGGGAAUAAAAUUCUACCUGGAUCUGAACCUGCUGCUCAUUGUUAUUGCGGACACCAGUUUGGAUACUUUGCUGGUCAAUUGGGUGAUGGUGCAGCAAUAUAUCUUGGUGAAAUAAUUAAUAAAAAGAAUGAAAGAUGGGAAAUUCAAUUAAAAGGUGCUGGUUUAACUCCAUAUUCUAGAACUGCUGAUGGCAGGAAAGUACUGAGAUCUAGUAUUCGAGAAUUUUUAUGCAGUGAGGCUAUGCAUUUCUUGGGCAUACCAACAACUAGAGCUGGAACAUGCAUCACUUCGGAUUCUAAAGUAAUAAGGGACAUAUUUUAUGAUAACCAUCCGAAAGAAGAAUUUUGUACUAUAGUUUUGCGCAUUGCUCCUUCUUUUAUUAGAUUUGGUUCGUUUGAAAUUUUCAAAACUGUGGAUCCAAUUACAGGAAAAGUUGGUCCAAGUGUAGGAAGAUAUGAAAUUUUAUAUUCUCUGCUUGAUUAUGUUAUUGAAACAUUUUAUCCUGGGAUCCAUCAAAAUUCAAGUGAUGCAAUACAAAAAUAUUCUGAUUUUUUCAAAGAAGUUGUCCUUCGUACUGCUCGACUUGUUGCAUUGUGGCAAUCCGUUGGAUUUUGCCAUGGAGUGUUGAAUACCGAUAAUAUGAGUAUUCUUGGUUUGACAAUUGAUUAUGGUCCUUUUGGAUUCUUAGACAUGUAUGAUCCUAAUCAUAUCUGUAAUGCUUCUGAUGAUGGAGGUCGUUAUUCAUUUAUUAAGCAACCUGAAAUAUGUCUAUGGAAUCUUCAGAAAUUUGCAGAAGCAAUUCAGCAUGCUUUACCAUUGGAUGUGUCUGCCCCAAUAUUGGAACUUUAUGAAGAUGAAUUUCAAAAAACCUAUUUAACUAAAAUGAGGUCCAAACUUGGUUUAAUUGCAACUGCUGAUCCUGAAGAUGAGAAACUUAUCCAGGAAUUGUUUAAUGGAAUGGAAAAUUCAGGUGCAGAUUUUACAAACACCUUUCUAAGCCUCUUACUUGUUGACUCAUCUGAUGCUAACAGACUUUCAAACUCUUUUGAUCUUGUCAAACAGAAAAUUAUUGAAAACUGUUAUCCACUUGAAGUUCUGUUAUCUACAUGCCAACCUAAUUUAAAUCCAGCUCAACUGCAAACAUUCUUAGCUAUAGCAAAUGGCAAUCCAGAAUUCAUUGCACAGCUUGGUCGAGCAGGUCUAGCUAUAAAAAGAGUUUUGUCUCAGUUACAGAAGGCAAAGGAUUUAGAGGGCAUGACAGAAGAAAGUAAAAUUGCAAAUGAUCAACGUAUAUGGGAUAAGUGGUUAAAUAAUUAUAGAGUAAGAUUAGAGAAAGAUAAAGAAGCUUAUGCUGGUGAUGCCCUAAGUUACAAUAAAGAAAGAUUAAAUAUCAUGAAGAAUAACAAUCCAAGGUUUAUCUUGCGUAAUUACAUUGCCCAAGAAGCCAUUGAAAAAGCUGAAAAAGGAGAUUAUUCUUCAGUACGGAGAUUGGUUAAAAUAUUAGAAAAUCCAUACGAUCAAUGUUACUCUGAAGCAAUAAAGCAAAAUUUAGCUAAUAUGCAAACUGAAGAAGAUUCUCAUUCAACCACAGAGUCAUGUGAAGUUUCAAAGGAUUCACCAUGCCAUGAUAUUUAUGAUAAGCCUCCGAGCUCAGCGUUUUCCCUCAGAGUUACCUGAUCUUCAUAAUGUCACUGAUUUUUGAUGAUCAGUGACAUGUAUUGAUAUAUAUUUAUAUUGCAAGAGCUUUAAGAAUGUAUUUCAUUUGUGAUCAAAGAGAAUAUAGAUUUCUAAUAUGACGGUAGCAUUUUAAAAUCCAGAAAUGGAAGAAUGCCUGCCUGAUGAAAUGGAGAUCUUAACAUUUGGCUCUUUGUUAUUAGGAAAAUAAAGAGCUUGUAAUGCGCUUGUAAACCGAACAUGUGAUUAUCUCUUUUUUUUAA